AUGGAGGGCCACAAUCAGCUAUUGCCCUGUCAAGAUGGCAAGCAGCAGCAGCAGCAGCAGCAGCAGUCGGAUGGCAUUGGUUCACCUGCUCUGGCAUUCGGAGGGCUGUCGUUUGACGAGUGCAGCAUCGUGUUCUUCUCACCCAAUGCCACCUGCUGCCACCCACCAGCUCCAGCGGACCCCUCAUCUGCAGUCAGCCCCGCCCCUGCUUCCCAAGCCGCCCCCUUCUCUGCUGCUGCUACUGCCUCUUAUUUUCCGCUCCCAUGUGAUGCCUCCUUCCCCGUUGCUGCUGCCUCCAAUGCCGCUGCCCUGAGCCUUCCAGUGAAGCGAGCAAGAGAGGACUGCCCCGGGCAUGGGGCAGACCAACCGGGGCUGGGUGGAGGUGGGGGUGAGAGCGGGCUGGUGCGCAGAACGAAGCGGCACGCUCAGUCAGUGGCAGAGCAGUUCCAGCAGCAGGGGGCGAGCAGGCGCGUGCAGGACGAGGAAGGAGCCCUUCUGAACGCUUUGCUGCUGGAGGAGCAUCGCCAGCUGCACGGAGGAGGAGGGAGCAGGCGAGUGCAAUCAGUGCUGUGGCCGCGCGUGGAGUGGGAGAGCGCCCUUCCAGACGAUGUGCUGCUGGGGGUCAGCAGCCUCGAUGCGGUGGGGCUCACCACACCGCAUGCACAAAUGACAGCGCCGCUGCCCACCCCACUCGCUGCUGCACUGCCUGCUUCCGUCCCUGGGGGGAUGCGCAGCAGCACUGGAGGGACGCUCGUUGUGAAUAGUCGCGCCCAACCAGAGCUGGACACGUGCAGAGUGGCGCAUGAUAAUAUCGCUCUUUUUCUCGACACGCCCGUGGAUCCCCUGUUGCUGCCUGGACACGCCCCCACCGUCCCCCAGUUACCACACUGGCAGCCCUUCCGUGUGCCCUGGGCGGGUGGGCCCCAGGGACGGCUGCUGGCAGGCACUGGUGGUAGUGGGGUAGCGCUGGCAGAGUGGGCGUUGGAGCAGGGAGGGAGCAGAGAGGGAGGUGCUCAAGCGCACGGGGAUCAUGGGCACCAACAGCCGCUGCCACACCCCCUGUCACAGCCUCGGCCGCACCCCCUGCCACAGCCUCGGCCGCACCCCCUGCCACAGCCUCGGCCGCACCCCCUGCCACAGCCUCGGCCACACCCCCUGCCACAGCCUCUGCCACAGCCACAGUCCCCGUCACAGCCACUGUCACAGCCACUGUUCCAGGCGUCUCUGCUGUCAGCCCUUUCUCAGCAGCCAGGGGCCCCCGGCUUCACCGGUGCACUGUCCACGCCCGCGAACCCAAGGGAAUCGCACACGCAAGCUCCCAUGCAGCCCCGCCGUGCCUUGCUGCAGCAGCCCUUGACUGCCCCCGCCGGUGCUUUACCAGCUCUCAAGAACCUGGCGUUACCUCGGCCUGACAUGGCCAGUGCUCUGGAUGGUGGUGGAGCCGCAUUACAUGCCACAGUCGGCCAUGGGCUCAACUCGGAUGUGCACGCCUUGGCUAACUUUCUUGCGCUUGGAGGAACAACCACCGAGAAGGCGACCUUUCACGUGCAGGAAGAGGCAGGCAGACUGCUCCAGUUGGCCGCUACUGACGUGCGGUCCGCUGACCUCAGCGUCCCUCCCUCCUUUCCCCUACUCAACCGCUAUAGCACGCCCCUUUCUGCUCUGUGGCCGCGUGUUGACGGCAGGAAGUUCACUCAGCACUUUCGCGAGAGCUUCCUGAGAAAUCACCUGGGAGGUGCCGCAUUCCUCCAGGACAUUUUACUGGACGGAAACAGUCCGCCGUUGUUCUGUCGGGAUUUCCAGCAGCAGCAGCAGCAGCAGCAGCAGCAGCAGUCCGCCGUGGGUUCAGCUGCCCUCGCAUUCGGAGGGCUGUCGUGUGACGAGUGCACGGCCGUCUUCUUCGCCCCCAAUGCACGCUGCUGCCACCAGCCACCCUCACUGAACCUCUCUUCUCUCGCCAGCCCUCCUCCUCCUUCCCAAGCCGCCUGCGUCUCUGCUACUGCGGCUGCUUCUAUUACCGAGUUUCCAGUAUCCCAUGAAGCUUCCCCCGUUGCUGCUGCCUCCAAUGCUGCUGCUCUGCGUCGGUCGUUGAAGCGUCCAAGAGACGACUGCCCCAAGCUGGGGGCAACACAGCAACCGCUGCUCCGUGGACGUGAGAGCUGGUUGCUGCGAGGCGGGGUGCUGCGAGAUGGGGUGGUGUGUAGCAUGGAGCGCCUGCAUCAGUCAGUGGCAGAGCAGUUCCAGCAGCAGGGGGCGAGCAGCCGCAUGCAGCAAGCAGCGGACGAAUCCCUUCUGGAGGCUCUGCUGCAGGAGGAGCAUCGCCAGCAGCAGCAGGGAGGAGCGAGGAGCAGGGCGCAGCGGGUGUUGUGGCCGGGCGUUGGGUCGGAGAGUGCCCUUCCAGACGACGUGCUGCUGGGGUGCAGCAGCGACGAACCUGCCUUCAUUCAGCGCUCUGCUCUGUCGGCUCCUCCGCCCACCCAGCCACACGCAGCGCUGCCAGCGCCAAUGCCGCCUCAGCUCUCUGCUCUGCCUGCCUCCGCUCCUUGCAUUGGGGAUUUCGCAGUGCACGGGGAGGAAUGGCUCCGCGUUGGGUCGGAGAGUGCCCUGCCAGACAACGUGCUGCUGGGUCUCUGCUGUGAGGACCCUGUCUCUGCGCAACCUGCUGCUCUCUCUGCUCCUGUGUCUGCUCCUGCGCCCGCCCAGCCACUCGCAGCACCGAUGCCCUUGCCGCUCGCUGGUCUGCUUGGUCCCGCUUCUGGCAGCGCGAGCAGGUGCCUUACAGCGAUGCUUGCCGGGAGUACGUGUGGCACACAGGAGCAAGAAUACCUGGAUGCAUGCAUUGACGUGCUCAGCAACAUAAACAACACUGACAAGCACAGUGACAGGGACAGCAGUGCUCUCUUUCUCGACACGCCCAUGGCUCACGUGCUGCUGGGUGGGAGUGCCCUCGCCGUGCCCUUGCCCACUGGACCUCACGCCGAGGGGCCUGCCGUCCCACGUGCUGCUGGGACAGCCCCACGUGCUGCUGGGACAGCUUUGCCAGAGUGGGCGGAGGAGCAGGGAGGGACCGGGGAAGGAGGUGCUGAGAGGCACAGGCAGCAGCAGUGUCUCGCCCAGGAGGGCAUGCUUGCACAGUGGAAGCCUUGUCAGUACCUCGAGCUUGAGCGCAUGCUCUCGCUGCCACCGCACCAGCCACAGCUGCAUUCACAGCCACCGCCACAGAUACUCCCAAAGCCACUCCCAAAGCCACUCCCAAAGCCACGCCCAAAGCCACUCUUACCGUUACCGACACACGCGCCUUGGCUGUCUGUGCCUUGUCAACAUCCACGGGCUCCAUUGAACGCGCACUCAACCCCAAGAGGGUUGCACAUAAAAGUUCCCAUACGGCCUCGCCCGGCCAUGCUGCAGCAGCCCUUCUCCACUGAUGGUGCUGUACCGUCUCUCUGCAGCCCCUUACUCCCUCCGUUGCCUGACAUGACCGUUACAUGA